AUGAAAAAUUCAAGGAUACUAGCUUUGUGCAGUUUUAUUGCAGUUUUACUGAAUAUCAUGAUCGUUGCUCAAGCGAAUGCCAGAUUUUAUUCACCUUACGUAGAUUUGGAGGAUUUAGAAGAUAAAAAAUAGCAAAAACACAAGGUUUAAUCUACUAAAACUCCUGAUUUUAAGAAUUUAUUCAUUAUUCCACCUCACUUAAAGAACAAAAAGCUCUAAAAUCACAUAAAAAGAGCUUAUUUCGAGGGUAUGGAUAUAGAUUAUAACGAGGAUGUCCCUAAUGUCCAAGCUUUUUAAAGAAGAUUACUGUUAUUUUGUGACUGGUGUGGGCUCGUAGUCCAAAAUAGCAUUCAACAUGAACAAGGUUCUAAUAACCUUGAAGAUGACUUAAAUGAAGAAUUGAAACAUCUCUCCUAGGUUUAGAAGAAUCUAAGAAGAAUUUAAGCUUUGGCUGAAAGAAUCGAUCAAUUUAGUUCAGCUUAUUGA